CCAUCUCUAGAAAAGUGCCGCUCGUUUUCAGGAAUUAUUUUAAACUAAACCGCAGCUCACUGCUAGAAUUCAAUCAAAAUACCUUUUUAACACCAAUAAAUGCUAACAAAAUGGAUCAGAUUUUAAACAAGGAAAACACCGGCAUUAAUUUGCCAGCGAAUCCCAUUAAAAAUGGAGUUCCUACAAAUUCCGUAUUGAAGAAACCUCUUGGUAACCUUGACAAUGUGAUGCACCAAACUCCUGGAAUAACCCCGUUCAAAAGCACUUCUCUGAAACUCGAGGGUAGUAUUGCCAAGCUUUCGCUGCGAAAGGCCCCCAAACAAAAUGUGGUCAGCAGGGAUCGCGAGGAAGUUAGGUAUAAAACAAAUAGCUGCUUUUUGGGCGCCUACGUAUUGAAUUGCGAAUACAGAGUCGUCAAUUUGUUCAACUACACUGACUUUCCGAACGAGAAAUGUUUGAAGAACUGCAGCAAGCCGGUCACAGAGACCUGGUCGGAAAAUCAAGAGGGCUAUGAAGGACUAUUGGAUCAACUUUAUCUUGAUCUGCGCACAUUGGAAAAUAAUUUGGAAAACAGAUGCCUUCCGCCCCUAGAUUUUACUGACCUGCCAUACAUAUACAACACAGAAAACAUGGAGCCUGCAGAGCCUGAAUACUUAUUAAAUUUAUAUCCCCCAUUGCCUAACUUGGAAGGCAUUGAUGUUCUAUUUUAGAUCCUUGUUUAAAAGUUCUAUGAUUAAUUGUAGUUUAAUAUUUUUUAGCUAGGUAUCUUUGUACUACUAAUUAAUUAUUUAUUAAUGUUAUGCUAAGAGAAACUGUUAUACCAUUAGCUAUCCAAGUUUGUUGUCUCGAAUCACAUUUGUGAAAAAUAUUUUUUUUACGCUACAAUAUAUUUAGUAGUUUAAGAACCGACAUUAAGCCUCCAACAGGCAAUUAUAUGUGUACGAUGUACCUCGUUUGGAAGUGAUUUUGAAUUAAAGC